GUGGGCACGCGUGAGGUAACUUGGUACAAGUGAUGGUAGGCCGGGAGGGAAUGAAGUCCUCGCGUUAGGGCAGGCGCAGGGGACCGAACAAAGCCUGAGGCGUGCGGGGAGCGGGCGGAUUCCCGGGGAGAUCCCUGCUGUCAGCUGUACGGGAGGGCUGGGGGCUGCUGGCCUGCUUUCUCACUCCUGGGAUGAAAAAUUCCCAUGGGAAAUCUCAGCGGAGAAGGAAGCAGAGAGGUGUGCCCACCGUGUGUGCGAGGUAGCGGCUGAAGAUGAUCCCGGGAUUACGGGCUGGGGUGACACGGACAGGGAUGUGAUUAACAUCGAUGGCAGCGUGCAGCUGGGGCUGUGCAGAGGUUUGGAGGAGAGAAGGUGAAGUUACACAGAGAGGUGGUGUGGAAGGCACACCAGGGUAACUCUUUGCUUGCUUCAGAAUGAUUAUUGAGGAAAUGAGAGAAGAAAUAUCCACAGAAAUAUGUGGAUUUUGUGAGAUAGCUACAGAAAAAGUAACAGGAGAGGAGCAUCUUCCAGAGGACUUGUUAGGGGAAUCCCAUAGAGGUAGAUACAGAGGGUGUAAAUCAGAGAAGAGUGACGCAGUGAGGUGAGAUGCACAGUAGGAUGUGGUAAUUCACUGCCCGGUAGCGGAGAGGUUAGAGACUGCUGGUAGCAGGGCUGAAAGUGUUUAUUUCUAGAGAUCUUGCUAAAGAAGAAGCAUGUUUCAAAUCAGAACUCAGUAUGGGGCAUCCCAUCUGGGCUGAUAGGUGCUGAGUGGGGCUGUAGGUGCGUUCCCAGGCUCUGGAGCAAGGCAAGGGGAGGCUGGGUGAUGACAUCAGUGUUAAGGAGGAUGAGGAGUGCUUUGGAUGGAGGUGACGCAGUAGGACCUCAUGUUCUGGGUAGGAAAGUAACCCAAAUAUUGUUUAAAAUUUUAUAACCUGAUCUUUAGGGUUAUGAUAUUAAUUAAAUUACUCCAAACCCUCUUUGUUCUUUUGACCCUCUCUUUUGAGUUUAUCAUAUUUCCUGUCUUAAAAACAAGUGCUAUCAGUAUUAGCUAUGUCUUGUCUUACUUUGUAUUCAGAGAGCUCAUGUUUGGAUCUGAGGGCGUUAGGCUGAGUGUUAUGAGAGCGAGGCGAGUUACGCUGCUUGUUUUCUUCCCUUUGUUUUCUCCACAGAAGCUUUAGUCGUCUUCUGUCAUUCACACACAUCCGUCUGUCACUCAGAAAUCAAGAGGCAAAGGAAUUGGAAACCAGAAUGCUUGGGAUAAUAUAAUUAGCUCCUGGCCUUCAGCCUGUCUCACUGGAGGAGGUUUGUGUCUGCUGAAGUCGCUGCAGCUUCUCAGAUCGAAGGAGACAGAGCUCAGAUGAAAUCAAAGGAACAAUAAAGUGUGGAGGAGAACAAGACGCUGCAAUUGCUUUCCUGGUCUGCAGUUUGACAGGGCAUUAAGAUGUCCGUGGACAUGAACAGCCAGGGCUCUGACAGCAAUGAAGAGGAUUAUGACCCUAAUUGCGAGGAGGAGGAGGAGGAUGAGGAUCCAGGGGAUAUUGAGGAUUAUUAUGAUGGGGUAGCUAACGACGUGGAGCAGCAGGGAGCAGAUGCCUUUGAUCCAGAGGAGUAUCAGUUCACCUGCCUGACUUACAAGGAGUCGGAGAGCACUCUGAAUGAACACAUGGCCAGCUUGGCUGCCACAUUAAAGGUUUCACAUGCUGUUGCAAAGCUUGUGUUAGUUAGUUUCCACUGGCAAAUCUCAGAGAUUUUGGAAAGGCACAAGUCUAAUGCUGCCCAGUUGCUAGUAGAAGCACGAGUUCAGCCCACCUCAUCCAAACAUGCAAUGGUACAUUCCUCCCAUCACUGCGCAGUGUGCAUGCAGUUUGUCCGGAAGGAGAACUUGCUUUCUCUGGCUUGUCAGCACCAGUUCUGUCGCAGCUGCUGGGAGCAGCAUUGUACAGUGCUUGUCAAGGAUGGUGUCGGAGUUGGGGUCUCCUGCAUGGCUCAGGACUGCCUACUUCGGACACCCGAAGACUUUGUUUUUCCAUUGCUGCCUAGUGAAGAGCUGAAAGACAAAUACAGGCGCUACCUCUUCAGGGACUAUGUGGAGAGCCAUUACCAGCUGCAGCUGUGUCCUGGUGCAGAUUGCCCUAUGGUCAUACAGGUACAGGAGCCAAAAGCCCGGCGAGUGCAGUGCAAUCGUUGCAAUGAGGUCUUCUGCUUUAAGUGUCGGCAGAUGUACCACGCACCCACAGACUGUGCUACCAUCCGGAAAUGGCUCACCAAAUGUGCAGAUGACUCUGAAACAGCCAACUACAUCAGUGCUCACACUAAAGAUUGUCCGAAGUGCAAUAUCUGUAUUGAAAAGAAUGGAGGCUGCAAUCACAUGCAAUGCUCCAAAUGCAAGCAUGACUUCUGCUGGAUGUGUCUGGGAGACUGGAAGACUCACGGCAGCGAGUACUACGAAUGCAGUCGGUACAAAGAGAAUCCUGAUAUUGUAAACCAGAGUCAGCAAGCACAGGCCAGGGAGGCCCUUAAGAAGUACUUGUUCUAUUUUGAGAGGUGGGAGAAUCACAAUAAAAGUUUGCAGCUGGAGGCACAGACGUACCAACGAAUCCAGGAGAAAAUUCAGGAAAGAGUUAUGAACAACUUGGGAACGUGGAUAGACUGGCAAUACCUACAAAAUGCUGCAAAACUACUCGCAAAGUGUCGUUACACUCUGCAGUACACAUAUCCAUAUGCCUACUACAUGGAGUCUGGUCCCAGAAAGAAACUGUUUGAAUACCAGCAGGCCCAGCUGGAAGCUGAAAUUGAAAAUCUCUCAUGGAAGGUGGAGCGAGCAGACAGCUAUGACAGAGGGGACUUAGAGAAUCAGAUGCACAUAGCAGAGCAGAGACGGAGGACCCUGCUGAAAGACUUCCAUGACACAUAAAACAGGAGAAAAUGACAAAGUGCAGGGGUGAGAGCAGCAAGUGAAGUGAUGGCAGCUUCACCGGGAUAAGCAGGCACUGCCUCUGGGAGAACACGGCCAAGGACAGAGCCACCCCUCCCCUUGCAAGUCAGACACAUGCAAACAUCACAUCUUAGUCCAGUUUGUUCUCUUAUCUUUCUGUUUGUUUCUGCCAUGCUAGAGGCCAGAGUUCAGAUUGGCAUAUUUCCUGGGACGUUUCCCUCCUGCCCUCAAUGGUUUCAGACGGGGAGGGAGUUUUUCUCUGAAUGGCUGUUAAUAGUAUUAGAUCAAUACAAUUUAUGUAAUUUUCAACGGUUGUACAAUUAUACAGACAAACCUUAGAAUAACACACAACCCUUUUUAAAAAUAAAUUGGCAGUGGAUUGUUUUUCCUUAAUCUGCUUGUAAAUUUAAUGGGCUUUUCCCUCUCCUCCUUCCUUCCUCUGAACCAAAAAUCCUCCUAGGCACUGGAGGAGGUUACAAAAUAACUCACGUAGAUUUCUUGAUGCUCCUUUAACCAGGACGUUGUAGCAUUGGCAUUGCAUGAGGAGAGUGGCUGGUGCUAAGAAUGGCUGCUGCUGUGGCUGAUCUGGCAGUCCCAGCAGCGUCUGUGACUUAGUCCGAUUACAUGUGGCAUCUCUUCUUGAAUAUCAGCUGUGCAAAAUCUUGCUACACAAACAAAAACAAGCAGAGGAAUUGUAGGGGAGAGAGCAGGUUAUCACUAAGUCAGGUCAGAUUCUGCAUUUGAUAAAUUUUAGGUCUUCCAUAUAGAUUUUUUGCUUUGCUUGUUUUUGUGGGGAGGGUGUUGUAUUGCCAAAGUGAGUGAUGAGGGAAUUGUAGCAUACAGAUGUUAAUCAAGGCUUGGGGCUUUUUCAGAGUGAAACAAUCCAUGUCGUAACAGUGCCAUGCAAUCUGGUAAAGAAUAUUUGUGCCUGCUGGGUGACAUGGUUGAGAAAAUUUGAUCCCAUUAAUUGAUGUGAAACUAAACUCCGCUACUUUAUGAGGAGCAAAUACUGUGUACAACACACUCCCUGGCACAUGUUGGACAGGCACUAGACUACAGAUGCACUGCUUGUGCAGGGCCUGCACCAAGCCAGGCAGAGAAUUAACUUGCAAAAUUAAUUUAUUUGUAUAUUAGUAUCAAUACUGGUGGGAACUCAUCAGAAAAUUGAUUGUUAGGAGCAUGUGGAGCUUUUUUAUUAACAUUCUUUUUUCUAAUGUAAAAUAUACACUAAAAUAAAAAUAUGAAAACCCAGUUCAUCUUAGUAGGGGUUAACAUGAAAAAGGUUACUUAAAUGCUGAUGCUUGCCUGUUUGCUAUAGGAAGCAGGCCACGUGUUAAGGUUUCACAAGCAUGUAUGUCACCUGCACCACGAACACGCUGUAUGCAGCCAGUGAAGGUGAAGCUGGAGUGCCUGAUUUGGGGAAAUCACUUCCGUGGGGGACUCAUGGGAUUCUCUUCCAUGCUGCACAUGGAAGCGUAACCUUUGAUGUGUCCCUGUAUACUCUAUUGUCUUUAUACAAUUUCACUUGACAAAGAUUAAACUGAAGGGGAAAAAGUACUAAAUUCCUGCAUGUCCAAAUAAGCUAACUGCUGUUGGAGCCUUUUUCAUGUACCUGAGAUAUGUGAGCCAAGUUUUUGCAGCAUGUAUAAUUGGGCAGAUGGAUUUGAACAAGAGACGCUUGGUUUAAGAGAAGAGCUGCCAUCAAAGCUAAUCCUGUGGCCAUGCUCGCUCGCAGUGGAAAUUUUCCAACUGAGAGGCCUGCUCUUUCCUCCCUCCCUUCCCUGCUGUAGGAUGUAUCCUCAGGAACGUGCUGCCAAAGAGCUGCUGGCAGUGGAACAGGGAUAGGAGCAGAAGCAGCACCUGUACGAGGUCUCUGCAGCCAUGGCUCCUUAUGCUUCUGCUCUGGGCUAUUUUGGCUCCCAUCUAGGCUGAAGCCAUGGGGGUAGAUAUGUCCUUGCUCCAGCCGCUGCCUCCUGAAUUCAUUCCCUCCUCUGCUCCCAGCAGCAGCAUCUUUGUGCCCUGCUCAGAAUAUAUUCCAGAGAUUGGUCAAAUGUACCUUUCUCUCCUCCUCCUAAAUGCUUGUCAAAAUUUGAGACACAGAGCACACUGGACAGAGAGCGAGGGAUAGCUCAGGGGAGGGCUUGCUGAGACCCAGCAGUUUGCAGUGUGUUGAACUAACAUUUAAACUGUUCUUUGAAGAUUUUAACGUGCAAAGUACUGAUCUAGGAUAAAAGCUGGUGUUCUUGUCUAAAUGUAACUAGCAUAAUGCCCGCUCUCUCUGCAGAACAGAUACUUGGUGUUUCCUAAUCCCAAAGAGCUCUCACUUUUGUUACAUAAUUGCCAGACUUUGGGCUAGACUAGAAUGGGGUUUUGUCUCUCUCCACCUCCUCUUUGCCUCUCUCUCUCCCUCCCUCCCUCUCCAUUGCCCCCACAAAAUGCUUUGCCAUGAAUCCCUGUUUGUAGAAAAACUGGACUAUAUAGCUGUGGCCAAAUGUGCUGAACGGACUGCUAUGAGAUGCUUGGCUGAGGAACAGUACUACGUGUUGCACUGAGUGCCCCUUAAUUCUUUCAGAAUUUCUGAAGCUUUAGUCAGCAGUUCUAUUUGCUUUAAGACAAAACAAAUCACACCCUUUCUUAGGGUGGUGGUUGUUCUGGUUUGCACACACAAAUCCCAUUUCCACGCUCUCUGGGAAAACAACGGGACUUGGUUGCUGUUGCAGCCCAGGCAGGGUGACUGCUGUACAGAUGUCAUGCAGAGUUGUAAACUCCAGGACAGAACCUGCAGAGCACAGGGAGUGUUGGCUCUUCGUGUAAAGUGACGCUGCUUGAAAAGCAACAACAGGAAGGAGAACAGGAGAUGCAAUAUCAAAAGACAAGGCUAGCUUUUUUUCCCCCUCUAACAGGUACACAGCCCUAUUCAAAUCAGCAGGGUUAUGUGACCGUAGGUGCUUAGUGGCUCAGGAGCCAUUCAUUCUGAGGUACAAAAUUCCCUUUGAUGCAUUACUGCUACAGAUGUGGAAUAUUUGCUCUUUUUUUUUCCUUGUUGCAUUUGUCUCUCCCUGCCCGCCUUCCACCUCCCCAUCCGUGCAUCCGGCGCAAUUCAUUUCAGCUUUGCUUGUGUUAUGCGUUGGCUGCCUCACCUCUGAUGGUCCUCAGGCUUCCCAGACUGUAACAAAAAAUUUUUUACUGAUAACAUAAACUGCAUGACUGCUGCUCUGUCCCCGCAUAGGGCCAGGGGCAGCAGGAGGUUUCUGUACUAUAGCCUUGCACUCUAAAUUUUAGACUUUUUAAGCAGGUGAAAAAUAGAACUUUAUUUUUAAAUGAGGCACUCGUUCUGGGAGUUCCUUUCCUUUGCCCCGCUCUGGUUGAGAUUGUGGGACAGUGUUGGAGGAGGGCUGCCGUGUACACCCACGCGCCGCAGGAGGGCUGCGAAUCUAUUUCCUCCUCGCUUCUCUUUGCAGGCACUGGAUAGGGGCAGGGACGGCGGAAACCGCCUGGGAGACGGUUGCCGGACGCGCGCCCUUGGUUUAUUUGCAAUAAAUUGUGACUUUUUAACUUC